AAUACGAGAGUUUCCCUACCUCACUUCCACCACCUCUUCGUAUUCAUUCUAUCGACUUUUAUUUUCAAUCUUGACUUCCUGCUCCAGCCUUUACAUUUUCAUACCUCAAGUAUUGAUCGAUCGGAUUAAGCUGUGUUCGGAACAAUCGAAGAUUGAAGAUUGAUCUACUCACGUUUGCGGCAUUCCAAACGUCUCGCGUGUGACAAACUACCAAAGCGUCCUAAAACAUCGGAAUCACUUGCCAUUCACAACGAGGAACGUUUUAUUCUAUACGACUUCUAAACAUAUAUACCCACCUCACCUCACCUCACCUCACCUUACCUCACCUCUUCAUUCAAGAUAUAGUCAAUAAUUCACAUCGUAAUAUUUCUAUCCAUAUCAAUCGCAUAUCCACAUCAAUCGCAAAAAUGCGACCAUCAUCACCGCUCUCGCUCCUCCUUUUCCUCCAACUAUCGACCGCAAUCCCAGUUUCUAGAGAAUGUUUCAAUUCUCAAUCUUGCGACUCACUCCACUUCGUCAAAUAUGACCCUUCGCUUUCUCACCCCAAGCCCAGCGAUCCCCGCGAUCCCCAUUUCCCACAGCAUCAAAAACUACCUAUCCCAACAUUUGUUAAACCAACAAUUACCUCCCCUUCGAAUGAUGAAUAUUUUGCGGAAGAAGGUGCUUUCGACAAUGCACCUACGACUCCUUCAAAAGAUGUCUCCGCAGAUGAAGCACUUUCUGCAGCAACACCACUCAGUUCGGCAUAUCUCCAAAGUCUGACGAGGACGAGUGACGAGGAUGAAGCGCGACCAAGCAUGCCCACUUCUGCAUUACCUAAAUUGCGCAAAGAAGAUGCGAAGAAAUAUUGGGAGGGGGAAGACGGAGCGUUAGGCAUCAAUGGAGAGAAACCAGGAUGUGGAAAUUCCAAUUCGUGGCCUGGGACUGCGGUAGGAUAUCGAAAUCGCUUGGCGCAUUUGGAGAUGGGACGAAGAAAUGAUUUUAUGGUUGUGGGAAUUGUGGUGGUUUUCCUACUCGUGGUUUGUGUAUUGGAGUCUGUAGAGAGGUUUGGAAAUCGAAAUUCGAGAAGAGGAGAAAUCUUUUUGGAGGAUGAUGAGACUUAUGCUUUUAUCGUUAAGAAGCCGAGAGAGUUCUGUCAGAACGAAUCUGUAUUCAAUGAGAAAUGCGCGCAGGAAUUGGAAUACAAAGAAUAUAAAGAUGAUGAGACAGUUGUAGCGGAAGAUUUCAAUACAAAUAACGAGAGAGAGAGCUGAAUUGAGCUCGGGCGUUAGCUUUUUUCUUGUUCUAUAUAAAGGUUGAUUGGAUAAUGGUGUUUGGAACCUGGCAGUGGGGGGCAUUUGAUUGUGGAAAAGAAGCACAAUGGGCGUUUUAAGCAUGUGUUUACGGCACAGGAUGAUUUUUGGUCAAGAAUUAUAUGCUUGAUGAAGGACGAAUCUCUGAAUCUCACGUUUGGCGAACAUCGCAAUUAGCAACGGCAAUCAGGGAGAGAAGAAAGAAAGAAUAAAUAAUGUUUAGAAAA